AUGGAUUUUACUGAAGUGGGGAUGCACCAGUUAUCUAUCUGCCUGGGUGAUUACAUCCAGAACCUGGUGCUGUUCCAUGGUGUGGUGGAUGAGAAGCAUGUGAGGACUCACGCUAAGCAGAAGGGUUCCCUCAGACAGAGCCACGGUGCUGAAUGGUGGGACAACAUCCCAGUUUGGCCCCAUGGUGGUGCUAUGGGUGGGGCCUGGCCUGAGCAAUCACUACGAUUUGGCAGGACAAAGAAGAUGAAUGAGACUAUCAACCACGGAAAAGAAAUGGCCAAAAGGCCGAGCAACAAGAUGGAAAGGAGCUCGGCCCAAAACAGAAAGCUCAAUCCGUGCCAUGAAAAGAAGCGGUACAGGAAGUUAUACCCAUUGCGGAGAAGGAUUGGGGGAUCGGAAGGGCAGGAGCUUAGUUGUCAUGUAAUCCUUACACGAUUAGACGAAGAAGUCCGUGACCAAGAUAGUUUGAAAGAAAGGAACAGAAAAAACAGAUGCCGACAGUUAUCGUGCAAAUCUAGAAAGGGGAAAACCAACAGAAGACAUGAGGUAAAGACAUUACCAAGAGUCAAAUCAAAGCCAGUCUGGCCAAGUCAGGGUGAGUGUAUUCCCGUCCCGCAACCACGUAAGCGUAGACUAGCUUCUUUGAAUGCUGAGGCAGUCAACAGUUUACUGCUUGAAAGAGGCACUGAUCCUCAGCCGGCAACCAAACAGGCCAGAAGACAAGAAGAGCCCGCGAAUGGAGGACAUUUCCUGGAUGCAGAUUCCACCAGGAGUUGUGUUCUCGGAGGUGCUAAGACUUCCCGUAAGCACACCAGUAAAGUUUCUACUUCUCGCAAACUUGAAUUGUGCCAAAGCUCUAAGAAGUUCAGAAAGACAAAAACCAAGGGAUUAGACAGGAGUGGAGGGAUGAGUCAGGAAAUUCUGGAUGCUCCUGCACCCAGAAGAUUGGCUGGUCUCAAUGCUGCAGCCCUGCUAAAGUUAACCAGCUCUUCUGCUACAAGUAAACAGAGAGUGAAGGCAACGCCCACAACCACUGUCACAACAGACCGCAAGACUCCUACGGUCACAUCAAUUCCAAAACAGCACUCAAGGGUCAAACACAAGGGGAAUUCUCAAAAGCAGAAGGGAAAGAAGCUCUCUCACUUGAACAGUGGCUGCACAGCCUGCAAGAAGAAGGCAGACUUUGAGCCUAAAGUAGAAUGGGAGACAGGCAGCUGCACCCAUCGACUAACCAAACCAGGGUACCAGUCACGAAGUAUGCUAGCAUACUCACUCAAGUCAGUGAAGGAAGAGCAGCUGGAAGCUGAACUGAGCCCAUACUACUGUUGUCCACCAGAGGGCUCAGUGGAAUACUGCCAUCGCUUGGUUUUCUUGGGUCAACAGCCCUAUGGAGAGUCAAAUGAUCAGCAGCUAAAGUCACCCAUAGCAUCCGUGAGAAGGGACUGCCUUGUAACCUCACCGUCUUUGACACAUUCUCACCCACAUACAGCUCUGGCCCUCAGCCCCCACCCAUGCCUCUGCACCGCUGAUCACUGCUUCUCCAGCUACUAUGUUCACAUCGCUCAUCCUGCUCACACUGGAUCAACGUCGGCAGCCCUGGCUUCUCAACCUCUGAACUUCGCGCCCUCCAGUCUGUGCCCUAAUCGGGUGGCUGGUUCCAAGCUAAUGGGUCCGCGGGUGUCUCACCCCUCGGGGUUGGCCCACCAUGCCUACUGCAACACAGUGGCCUCGCCAUGUUUUGGUGAAGCCUGCGGAAUUGGGGGUUACACCUACAGAGCCGUACCCCCGGUCACCAACACAGCGUGCUCUUUCAGCACAGGAUGCAGCGGAUGCACACACGGCAUCAAAACAGAGUGUUAUUCCUCCCCUGAGGGUGACCAUGGCCCAUCCUUGCUGGUUCCACCAACCCUGCCCAUUUCUGGUUGUCCUCUAUCCAGCGUGCCCUCUUCUACCCAGGGUAAACCCCACCUGCUGACUCCCCUGACAGGGCAAGACCAGCCCAAGUCCAGGAUAAAGCUGGUCCAGGAAUUCCCACGGAGCCCCAAGCCGUCCAAAGCCGCGCUGUCUGUAAGCUGUACGUGGCUACCCCAGAAACAGCCAUCACCCACGCCGAGCCUCAGUAGCACCAAACAAAAGAAAGUCAGCCGCAGACGUGUCACCAAUGGAUGGCGAGCUGUUGGCGCACCCACAGAGAAGGAGGUUUUCAUCGCGGGAGAAGAUGAGACGGCCCUGAGGCAUUGUUACGAAGGAGUAGAGAGGGACGGUGAAGUAAUACAUGUCAGGGAUACGGUGCUGCUACGAUCAGGCCCCAGGAAGAAGUCUCUCCCAUAUGUUGCUAAGAUAUCAGCGCUGUGGGAGGACCCCAAAACAGGAGAGCUGAUGAUGAGUCUUUUCUGGUACUACCGACCUGAGCACACCCAGGGAGGCAGAGAUCCCAGCGCGCACUGUGAGAAUGAGAUUUUCGCCUCUCGGCAUCAGGAUGAAAAUAGUGUGGCCUGCAUUGAAGACAGAUGCUACGUUCUACCCCUCGCCCAGUACUGUAGAUUUUGUGCCUUGGUGAAGCGGCGUUCCGAAGGUGAACCACCUGGCAGUGCCAGCAUGGUGCCCUGCCAUCCCGGCUUCGCUCCCCCAUCCCACCGCUGCGUGCCCACAGACGUUGACCCCGAGCUGGUGUAUCUCUGCCGGCACGUCUAUGACUUCCGCUACGGGCGCAUUCUGAAGAACCUGCAGUAGGGGGCGCCGCAACCAUGAAGUAAUUACCAUUCAUGCACAGGGGGCUGAAGGACUGAAAACCUCUGUGUCUUCUGCCAGGGCUCUCGGGAUCAGAGCGGACAGGUCUGGUUUUGGUGAGGGACAGAUUAAGCAAAAAGUGUUUGCGAUACAUUGUGAAGCACAGAUCCCUUUAGCUGACAAAGAUGGUGUUGAAAUCCAUGAGAUGUCUCAGUCAAAGCACCAGUUUUCCUGAUUCGGAAA